AUGGAGGGGAGCGGCGGCGGCAGGCACUUCAUCCUCGUCCACGGCCUCUGCCACGGCGCGUGGUGCUGGUACAAGCUGGUGCCGAUGCUACGCGCCGCGGGGUACCGCGUCACCGCGCUCGACAUGGCUGCGUCCGGCGCGCACCCAGCCCGCAUGGACGAGGUGGCGUCCUUCGAGGACUACACGCGGCCGUUGCUCGACGCCGUGGCCGCGGCACCGGCUGGCGAGAGGCUGGUCCUGGUCGGGCACAGCCUCGGCGGGCUCAACCUCGCGCUCGCCAUGGAGAGAUUCCCGCGCAAGGUCGCCGCGGCCGUGUUCCUCGCCGCGUGCAUGGCCUGCACCGGCAGGCACAUGGGCGUCACCAUCGAGGAGUUCUCCAGAAGAACCACAUCCGAUUUUUUCAUGGACAGCAAGAGCAUGAUUCUGGACACAGAUCAAGGCCCUCGGCCUGCAGUCGCGCUUGGCCCCAAAUUGUUGGCAGCGAAAUUGUACGAUCAAAGCUCAGUCGAGGACCUGACGCUGGCUAAGUUGCUGGUGAGACCGGGCUGCCAGUUCGUGGACGACCCGGUGAUGAGGGACGAGGCUCUGCUCACCGACGCAAACUACGGGUCGGUGAAGAAGGUGUACGUGGCACUCAAGGACGAUGCUUCCACCUCCGAGGAGAUGCAGCGCUGGAUGGUCGAACUGAGCCCUGGCACAGAAGCCGAGGAGCUCGCCGGAGCCGACCACAUGGCUAUGUGCUCCAAGCCCAGGGAACUCUGUGAUCUUCUGCUCAGGAUCGCCAACAAGUACGACUGAGAAUGGUUGUGCACAUCCAGCCGCUCAACAAGCAUGCCAGACCAAAUUCAAAAGGUCUGUUAGAAAAAAGAAUUCCAAAAUCUAGUACACCAUACGAUCCGAAUUAAUACACACGACAUUGUAUAGAGGUUACGUUCAUUAAUUCGGAUAGGAGGGAGCAAAGAAAUUUGUAGACUGAUCGACGAAUGCCAAACUGAAGCGUUAGGCUAAGUACCUUCAAGGAGUUCACGGUUAUCCCGCAAAAAGAAAAGGAGUUCACGGUUAAAUUGUUAGUGGUAGGUUAAAUUGAUUGCUGUUAGAAGACCCGAUCACCCCGUUGCUAUUUUUCCCGACUUUACCAUAUAUAAAUUAUCAUUAAACUAUUUCUCAUGCCUUUUACAUAUAACAUAAUUUAAACUAUAUCUACACAUCAUAUUGAUUCAAACCUUGUUGAUUCAACCCCCCUCCCUCCCCCCAAAUUUUA